AUGAGGACCACAUCAGUGUCGGAGCUCAACGAUGACAUCAUCCGCAGUAUGUCUAUUGGGGCACUGUUUUCAGAUUUCGGGAUUUUACGCCUAAGAGGUAGGCCUACAGUUGCAUAUGAUGAACAAGGCCUUGUUUUUGCAGUAUCAAAAUUAAUUUGUGUUCCCAUGAGGUUUCUCCAAUGUUCAACCUCCAGCUUCUCUCGUGCAUUCAGUUCCUCCAGCUACGCUUACCACAACUUCCAUGAAAAUGUCAGGUUUCUCCUAACGAAGGGUCGUCUGGAUGAAGCACUGACUCUCUUUUACACUUCAAACAUCACUCAUACCCAACAAACAUACGCCGAUCUCUUCCACGCAUGUGCCCGCCAUGGCAACCUUUCUCAAGGCCGAGCUCUACAUCGCCACAUGCUUGACACUCACAAUCAAAAUACCUUCCCCAAUCUCUAUGUUUCCAAUCAUCUGAUCAAUAUGUAUGCAAAAUGUGGCUCUUUGGAAUAUGCACGUAAGCUGUUCGAUGAAAUGGGUGAGAGAAAUAUUGUGUCUUGGACUGCUCUUAUUUCAGGUUAUGCCCAAUCUAAAAGACUCCAGGAGUGUUGUACGAUGUUCUCUAGAAUGUUAGUGGAUCACCGCCCAAAUGAAUUUGCAUAUGCAAGCGUGCUAAGUUGUUGUGAUCUCGAGGUUGGCAAACAGGUGCAUGCACAUGCCAUGAAAACAUGUUUGGAUGCUUACAUGUAUGUGGCAAACGCAUUGAUAACAAUGUACAUGAAUAAUGAUGAUAAAAGUGAAGCUUUUGAGGCUUUGAUGGUUUUCAAGUUUUUGAAGUCUAGGAAUCUUGUGACAUGGAACUCCAUGAUUGCAGCUUUUCAGACUAGAGGCAAGUUGGAAGAAGCUUUAAAUCUGUUCUCAUUGAUGCGACAUGAUUCCAAUAUUGGUUUUGAUCGCGCAACCCUUCUUAGCAUCUUUUCAUCAUUACUGAUAGGAAGAGACUAUGGUCAUAACAUGAUUGCCUCAUGUCUCAGGUAUUGUUCUCAGGUACACUCCCUUGCCAUUAAAACAGGGUUUAUCUCUGAAAUAGGAGUAAUAACAGCAUUAGCAAAGGCUUAUGCGGAUCUUGGAGCAGAAAGUUUCGACCUUUCCAAUCUUUACAUGGAGUCAGAAGGCAAGAGAGAUAUCGUUUCUUGGACUGCAUUCAUAACAAUCUUUGCAGAAAACAACCCUGAAGAAUCCCUUCAUAUUUUCUCUGAAUUGUGUCAAUCUGGUUUGAGUCCAGAUCAUCACACAUAUUCCAUAGUGCUAAAAGCUUGUGCAAACCUAGUCACUGAUCGACACACCUUAUCUAUCCAUUCUCAAAUACUCAAAUACGGUUUUCAAAACGACACUGUGCUUGCAAACGCAUUGAUUCAUGCAUAUGGAAGAUCCGGUUCGCUUAUCGAAUCCAAAAAAGUUUUCGAUUCGACUCUUAUUAAAGACAUAAUCUCUUGGAAUACAAUGAUAAAGAUUUACGGAUUACAUGGGCAACCAAAAGAUGCAUUGAAAUGCUUUUCAGAAAUGAAUUUGAAUUUAUCACCUGAUGCCACCACCUUUGUAGCUCUCCUUUCAGCCUGCAACCAUGCUGGUAUGGUUGAAGAAGGGAGCAAGAUUUUUGAAAGCAUGCUCAAAACAUAUAAGAUUGUUCUUCAACUCGAUCACUAUGCUUGUAUGGUUGACAUUCUUGGAAGAUCCGGUCGCAUUCUAGAAGCUCAAAAGCUUAUAAACAAAAUGCCAAUGGAACCCGAUUCUGUAAUAUGGAGUUCUAUGCUUGGAGCAUGUAGGAAACAUGGUGAACCCAAGCUUGCAGAGUUAGCAGCUGCAAAACUACAGGAAUUGGAACCAAAGAAUUCCCUUGGUUAUGUACUAAUGUCCAACAUACACUGCUCAAUGGGUACUUUCAGUGAAGCUCUAGAUAUAAGAAACCAAAUGGAAAGAUGGGGUGUGAAAAAGGACCCUGGUUUAAGUUGGACUGAAAUUGAAAACAGGGUGCAUGAAUUUGGUUCAGGUGGGAUUCGACACCCAGAAAGAAACUCCAUAUGUGAUGAUUUGGAUGAGUUAGCGAGUGAACUAAAAGGGUUAGGUUACGUGGCUGAAACUAAUUUGGCUUUGCAUGAUAUAGAAGAGGAAGAUAAGAAUCGGGAGCUGAAUUACCAUAGUGAGAAGCUUGCUUUUGUUUAUGCGUUAAAGCAUGGUGAAUCUAAGUGUUAUGGAGGUGCUAUUAGGAUUGUUAAGAACAUACGUAUAUGUGUGGAUUGCCAUAACUUUAUGAAAUUUGCAACAUUUACACAAUCUUUCCCAAAGUUUUGGGGGAAAGUGAAAGUCUUCAAGGAAAUAACUCAUAUGGAUGCAUGCUUGGUAAUUAGGUGGAAUUACGUCUUACUUUGUAGGCCAACAGGACCCGUGUUGUACAUUAAGAAGUCAGUCACAUAA